AUGACUCACUCCAAUCUUGCAAACGGUGUUCACCUAGUUGGUAGCAUACCGUUAUCAACCAACGAGGAAGUGUUCACGACUCUAUCAGAAGCUCUCCCUGGCCGAUUAUUCUCGAUCCCAGAUGGAGAAACCGGAGAUCGAUCUAAUUAUAUUGCGUGGGAACGCUUUCGAUUUCCUGUGGAGACUAUUCAUGAGGUCAUUGGGGGCAAGCCAUUGCCUAAAGGCCACUCAGGAGUUUUCACGCUGGAUGAUGUGACGCCUAGCGAUUACGAUAAGGUUGCAAAGGAUUCGUAUCAGCACUUUCUUCAACUUCGCGCGAAGGGUGUUAUUCCGCCUAAGGUGCGCUUCCAAGUGUCAAUUCCAACACCUUACGAGUGUAUUCAGGGUCAUAUACGAUCGGAAUUUCAGGCCCAACUAGAGCCUUUCUACGAGAGGAGAAUGGCAGAUGUUAUGGAAUCAAUUUUGGGCACCAUCCCAGCAGAGGAUCUAGCAAUUCAAUUUGACUCAUGCUUUAUGAUCACUGCUCUAGAGUACGAGCGUGGCCGUUUAACCAGCGACUUUUUCAAGCCACAUUUCUCACCUAUUUACGAAGGGGUACUUGAGCGUGCUCGGAGAUUAUGCGCUCUUGUGCCAAGCAAUGUUCCUCUUGGAUGGCAUCUAUGCUACGGUGAUCUCGGUCAUAAGCAUUUUAUUGAACCGGAGGACCUAAGCCUUUUAGUGAAAUUUGCCAACGAUUUGGUCCGAUGCAUUCCCGGAGACUUGAGCUGGCUUCAUAUGCCUGUACCCAAGAACCGUGAUGACACAGCGUACUUUGAGCCUUUGAAGCGCCUCAAGGCUGGUGACAGAACAAGGUUGUACCUUGGACUUGUGCAUCCAAAUGACGAGGAGGGCACGUUCCGAAGACUUCAAGCAGCUCGGGAUGUCAUCCCUGGGAAGGACUUCGGCGUUUCGACCGAGUGCGGUAUGGGGCGGACACCUAAGGAAGAGCUCACGAGUAUCUUACAGAUCUCUCAAGGUGUGACGAAGGCAGUGACUGCAUGCACUUGA